AUGGAGAUUAGGAAGGAAGGUAAAGCUUUGUGCUUUGUGGCCCUUUUGUGCUUGUGGACGACUUCUGUGACUGGUUUGCUUUCUCCAAAGGGUGUCAACCCUGAAGUGCAAGCCUUAAUGGGCAUUAAAGAGGCUCUGAAGGAUCCUCGUGGCGUUCUUAAAAAUUGGGAUGAAACUUCUGUGGACCCCUGCAUCUGGAAUAUGGUCACUUGUUCUCUUGAUGGUUUAGUCAUUGGCCUGGGAACUCCAAGCCAGAAUUUAUCAGGCACUUUGUCACCAAGCAUAGGAAACUUGACAAAUCUUCAGCUUGUAACAUUUCAGGAUAACCAUAUAACAGGAUCAAUCCCCCCAGAGCUUGGGAAGCUCCAAAAGCUUCAAACACUUGAUCUGUCCAGCAACUUGUUCAAUGGUCAAAUUCCCAGCACUCUAUCCCACUUGAAAAGCCUACAAUACCUGCGGCUAAACAAUAACAGUCUUUCCGGUGCAAUUCCUUCAUCUUUUGCUAACAUGACCCAGCUGGCCUUUCUGGACAUGUCUUUUAAUAAUUUGAGUGGUCCAGUACCCAGGUUUCCUGCUAAAACAUUCAAUGCUGUGGGAAAUCCUCUGAUAUGUGUCGCUGGAAUAAAGCAAGACUGCUUUGAAACAACGAGGAUGCCGCCAGCUUUUCCCUCGAAUAACUCACAAAAUGCUCAACCUGCUGGGAGACCUAGGAGCCACAAAAUUGCCUUAGCGUUUGCCUCAAGCCUAGGCUGCAUCUGUCUUCUAAUUCUUGGUUUUGGUUUCCUUCUUUGGUGGAGGCAAAAACACAACAAACAGAUAUUCUUAGAUGUUAAUGAACAACAUCAUGAAGAAGUUUGCCUUGGAAACCUGAGGUCGUUUCACUUCAGAGAACUUCAAGCUGCAACACACAACUUCAGUAGCAAAAACUUGGUUGGCAAGGGUGGUUUCGGAAAUGUCUACAAAGGAUGUCUCCGAGAUGGUACGGUAAUAGCGGUCAAAAGGCUCAAGGAUGCUAAUGCCAUAGGCGGUGAAAUCCAAUUUCAGACAGAACUUGAGAUGAUCAGCCUAGCAGUGCACCGCAACCUUCUCCGGCUUUAUGGAUUUUGCAUGACAGCCAAAGAGAGGCUUUUGGUUUAUCCCUACAUGUCCAAUGGUAGUGUUGCUUCGCGUCUCAAAGCCAAGCCAGCCCUGGAUUGGAGUACAAGGAAAAGGAUUGCAUUGGGAGCUGGAAGGGGAUUGUUAUACUUGCAUGAGCAGUGUGACCCCAAGAUAAUUCACAGGGAUGUCAAGGCUGCAAAUAUUCUGCUUGACGAUUACUGUGAGGCUGUGGUGGGAGAUUUUGGGUUGGCAAAGCUGUUGGAUCACCAUGAUUCACACAUUACAACUGCCGUGAGAGGUACUGUGGGGCACAUAGCCCCAGAGUACCUCUCAACUGGCCAGUCCUCUGAGAAGACUGAUGUUUUUGGGUUUGGGAUUCUUAUACUUGAAUUAAUAUCAGGCCAAAGAGCUCUGGAGUUUGGGAAAGCGGCAAACCAGAAAGGAGCCAUACUUGACUGGGUAAAGAAAAUCCAACAGGAAAAGAAGUUUGAUGUGCUAGUUGACAAGGAACUGAAAAAUGAUUAUGAUCCAAUCGAGCUCGAAGAAAUGAUUCAAGUAGCUCUCUUAUGUACUCAAAAUCUUCCCAGUCAAAGACCCAAGAUGUCCGAAGUCGUUCGAAUGCUCGAAGGAGAUGGACUUGCAGAGAAAUGGGAAGCUUCUCAGAGAGCUGAAUCAAAUAGGUGCAGAGCCAAUGAAUUUUCCUCUUCCGAGCGCUACUCUGAUCUUACUGACGACUCUUCAUUGCUUGCACAAGCAAUGGAACUCUCUGGACCAAGAUAA